AUGCACGCCAUGCAGCACGCUCGAGUGAUCACGCACGGCGUUACCGCCUCCACCAAGACCUCGAACGCGCGAAGAGCGUCGCACAACCGGGCAAGAUUGGCUCCACCGUCCUUAUCCAGGGCAUCGCAGCGCAUCACCUCUCGAGCGCUCAUCGCUCGCGCAUCGAGCGCGGACGCCAACGCGGCGAGCGCGCAGAAGUGGAUCGACGCUUGGAAGACCGGUGGAUCGUCUCCGAGCGCGCCGGCGAGCGCGGAUGGCGUGGAGGGGUUCGAGCUUCGUCGGUCCAAGUCGACUGUGGCUGACGCGAAGGAGGCGGGCACGUUGUCCACGACGUCUUUCGGGACGAUCGGCCUGUCGGUCGGUCUACCGCUGUUAAUUUAUGGGUUCGGGGCGUACUUUUCUUUCCUUCCAGGGAGCGACGUGUCUGCACUGAUGUUGAUUUACGGGUUUCCCAUUUCGUUGAUCGGCUUUGCGCUCAAGUACGCAGAGCUGGAGCCGUUGUCCUGCGUCACCUACGAGAAUGCUUUGAGAGUGAGAGACGAGCAGACGACACCUAUUCUGACGCAACUGAGGAAUGACGUGACGCGGUACAGGUAUGGAGAUGAACAACACUUGGAGGAGGCGCUGAAGCUCAUCUUCCGCUUCAACCGCCCGGGCGGCUUGCGAAGAAACCAAGCGCCCGAGCUCGUAGGUCUCUCGGAGCAGGUCAUCAACGACCGCUACGCGCUGUGCCUUGAGUUUGAAUCGCCCAAGAUGGAGUUCUCCGAAUGGACCGAUCGCGUGGCGAAGAUCACCGGUUUCUUCGGUCCGGGCGUUGUCGCGGCGGCUACCAAGAUGAACGGCGAUGAACACAAGGUCGAAAUCGCACUCAUCACCACUGGCGAGGGUGGAGGCGAGAUGCAGGACAUGGAGGUCCUCCCGCCGCUCGCCCCCGGGCAACCCGCGAGAUACGUCAAGCGCGGCACUGCGUAA